CGAUGGCGGCCACGUUCUUCGGGGAGGUAGUGAGAGCUCCUUGCCGAGCUGGAUCAGAAGAUGAGGAGGAGGAAGAAGAGGCCAGGAGGGAGACACCAGAGGACAGAGAUGUCCGGCGGCAGCUGAUGCUGAAGAGGCAAGUACAGCUUCUUCAAAGACAGACGAAAGCAUCUUUGGAAGUUUCCCUGCUAGAAAAGUAUCCUUGCUCCAAGUUUAUACUUGCUAUAGGGAAUAAUGCAGUAGCAUUUAUAUCAUCGUUUGUUAUGAACUCAGGCGUCUGGGAAGAAAUUGGUUGUGCUAAACUGUGGAAUGAAUGGUGUAGAACCACAGAUUCUAUAAAUCUCUCCCCCACAGAGGCUUUUUGUGUGUUUUAUCACCUAAAAUCAAAUCCUUCGGUUUUACUUUGUCAGUGCAGUUGCUAUGUUGCAGAAGAUCAGCAGUAUCAGUGGCUGGAAAAGGUUUUUGGUCCUUGUCCAAAGAAGAAAAUGCAGGUAACCAUUCUCACAUGUCGACAUAUCACCGACUAUAAAACUUCAGAAUCUACGUGCAGCCUGCCGUCUCCUUUCUUGAGAGCCUUGAAAACACAGAAUUUUAAAGAUCCAACUUGCUGUUCACUGCUAGAACAGCCAAAUAUUGUCCAUGAUCUUCCUGCAGCAGUUCUAAGUUACUGUCAAGUGUGGCAAAUUCCUGCCAUUCUAUACUUGUGUUAUACUGAUGUCAUGAAACUAGAUCCUAUUACAGUAGAAGCUUUUAAGCCUCUGCUUUCUUCCAAAAGUUUGAAAGGUUUGGCUAAGAAUAUUCCCCAGAGCAUGGAGAUGCUGAAGAAACUGAUGACAACAAAUGAGGUUCAGAGUAACAUUUACACAUGA